CCCAUCGCACCUACCAAGCCUAUUCACUUCGAUAGUACAAUGGCGCUAUCUAACAGAGUUUCUGAAGAUCUCAGGGUCUUGAUGCCCAAGAUUGCCGUUCAAGUCGCGCAGCGGUCGUCCAAAAUCCCAUUAAUAGACAUGGGCACGGCGGAAAAUUGGCUGAUCCGCGAAGAAGUGAUACAGUUCUGUAUUCACUCAGUCAAGGAAACCAUCUCACCUGAAGGUCUCUCUUAUCAAAGAGGAUUUACGGGCGAUCCUGAUCUCAUCCAGGCGUUCUGCGAGUUUCUUGAGUCUUACUUCAAUCCACACCAAGAAUUGGACGCCUCUUGUGUUUGCACUGCUCCUGGAGGUGGUGCUAUUUUGGAGUCUUUCUUAGCGACCACGUGUGACGUAGGAGAUGGAGUACUGGUCAUUGCGCCUUUCUGGAGCGGAUUUCAUUUCCAAUUCAAACUCCAAAAAGUCCAGAUUCUGUCUGUUCAAGUUCCAGACGAACUCGCAUUCAGCGAGAAGAUUGUGGAUUUUCUCCAAAAAGCAUUUCAUGAUGCACAUACGACUGUAAAGGCAGUUGUCAUCUGUAAUCCUCAUAACCCUCUCGGUCAAUGUUACCCGGCAAACACCCUCGCGGCAAUAGCACAGUUCUGUGAGAAGCACGACUUGCAUCUUCUGUCUGAUGAACUUUACGCUCUUUCUGUUUUCGAAUCGCCUGAUCUACCAAAGGCCUCUCCUUUCACGAGUAUACUUCGGCUAGAUGCGAAAGCUAUAGGUGUCUCACCAUCGCGACUGCACACAAUGUGGAGUGCUAGUAAAGACCUAGCGUGUAACGGACUUCGAGUUGGGUUUUUCGCAAGUCAGAACCGGGAAUUGGUGGUUGGAGUCUCCAUGACCUCCAACACUCAAGUAUCCUAUCUCUCCAGCCUUGCGGUACGGGGAAUGCUAUCCGACAGAAAGUUUCUGGGUGACAUCAUCACCUUUAAUAAGACCCGCCUGAGUCAGGCGUACCAUGUUGUGUCUACGUUCCUCAAACGCCUGAAUAUAGAAUACUUUCCAGUAGCUGCAGGUGUAUAUGUUUGGGCAAAGCUUUCACCAAAGGUCAAGACUUGGGAGGCCGAGGCGGAGCUUGCAGCAACUUUGUCCGAGCGCAGAGUGGCUAUCAGUUCGGGAAGGUCAUACUCGUCUGUAGAGCCUGGCUGGUACCGCUUGACCUUUGCUCUUAGACCCCAAGAUUUGAAAAAAGGACUCGCAAUCAUCGAGGAAGUACUUGUGCAGAGCUAG